GCAACAACCCCAACGACAACAAGGGCAGUUGCUGUUUGGAACAUCCACCAAACCCCACAUCCUGUGUAAAUCUUUGUGGGAGGGAGAGAGAGGCAUUGUGGAGUGUGCACAGACGACUGAAGAGGGAUAGUCCCAGAUUAGAAUACAGAUAUGGCGUCGUCGAGGCUGCUGUGGGCGUCAAGAGCGGCCUCAUACCUCAAGAUCUCAGUGUUCCACAGAGGAUUUUCCACAGUUCUCAAGGAUCUCAAGUAUGCCGAUUCUCAUGAGUGGGUGAAAAUUGACGGCGCUUCUGCAACUGUUGGAAUAACUGAUCACGCGCAGGACCAUUUGGGAGAUGUUGUGUAUGUCGAAUUGCCGGAAGUAGGGGCUGCGGUCGCGCAGGGCAGCAGCUUUGGUGCGGUUGAGAGCGUCAAGGCCACUAGCGAUAUAUACUCUCCCAUUUCAGGGAAAGUCGUCGAAGUCAAUGAAGAGCUCAACAAGUCUCCUGGUCUAGUUAACUCAAGUCCAUAUGAGGAUGGGUGGAUAAUAAAGGUCGAGGUGAGCGAUGCAAACGAAGUGAAAGACCUGAUGGGGGCUGACGACUACUCAAAGUUCUGCGAAGAAGAAGAUGCAAAGCAUUAGGCCUCUGGCCUUGCAGAACUGAAGUUGUGCUUGAGGAGGCAUGGCACUCAACUUGGACAACCGUGCACUCCUUUUUCCAGACAUUACCAGCUGGCCAUACUUUACUAUCGUGGUUUCUUCCAACUAUGACUUUGUAGAGCAGCGUGUAGAAUUUCAUGUAAUAAUUCUAGGAUAUCCUCUGUUUCCAUCGCAUCGGUGUCAUCUCACAGAUCCUGGUUUUCCAAUCUAAAUCUCUAAGGAUCGCAAUUUUCUCC